AUGCGCGUGACCACGCUUGGAGCCCUCGCAGUGUGCUACGAGAACCUGUACGAUACGUUUGGGAAUUAUUUUGACGACGCGAUCGGCGCGUACGAAGAGCACUGCGAUAAAGCGCCAGACGGCCAGGAGGAGGAGGACGUAUCGGAGGCAGAUAUCUCGAUCUUGUCGGACCUCAAUGCCACGGCGGCGAUGAUCCACUACCACUACGCAGGCAACUUGCUCGCCCAAGAGCGCUGGGAAGAGGCCAAGAACGUCACGAAGAUCGCGCUGGUGCUGGCAGAAAACUCCAGCAUGCCGGCCGAGGACCUGGAAGAGCUGCAGCAUUGCAUUCACGAGCUGUGGUUGGAAAUGGAUUAG